UCUGUCCUGACUUAUAUUAUUAAACUAACAGGUGAUGCUGAGUUGGAUAGCUCUAAAAUCUACAUCAAACCUCAGGUCUGAUGUUGCCUGUUUUAUUAUUCUUCCCCAGCCUCACAGAGACAAAUUGAGGAAGGUGGAGGGGUGUGGAGUGUCACAGGGCCCAGCUGAAAAAUAAUUUUUCCUCCUUACUGUGGCUGUGUCUUUCUUUCACUACCUCUCUCCACGUGGUAAGCAGUCGGGAUGAGGGUGAAAAGGAGGCAUUGUGCCUCCAGUCAGUGGCCUUAUGUGUUGGAGAGGCUCUGAGAGGGUGAUGUUCACUCAGCUGUGCUCCCUCAACGCCAUUGUUGCAAAUUCCACCUCAUUCCAGCCGCUCUGUUUACUGGAGCCUGUUUAGAGGCAGCAGGAUUAAUCAUGAAAUCCCACACACCUUUAUGAAUAGGUGUGUGUUACGUCCAACUGAGAGAGCUGUGAUUCCACAUGAACUAAGAUACAUUUCACCAGAUUUGUGCCUGGCCUGACCCUUCACAGCCUCUUUGACUCUUUCUACACUCAUAUCAGUAAUAGCAAUCCAGGCCCAGGCUAUUAUGCGAUGAACUUGAGCGUCAAUGUAUGAGUGUUUCCUAAGAGGCAGUGGACUCUUGGCUCAAAAGAAGGGGUAUUCACUCGCCAUUUGAAUGCAAAGUAGUGGAUGAACAAGUGAGCUGUGUGUGCGCAGAGAGAGAGAGAGAGGGAGAGAGAAGGAGAGCCAACGUGUACAGGGAGACAGAAUAAAAGUUGUGUGUUGGCCAGUGCGCCCCUGCGUUGGUCCGGUCCAACAGAGGCAUGUCCCGUCGGAAACAGAAACGACCCCAGCAGCUUUUGAGCCUGACUCCCGGUGCCUGUCGGAUACUUGAGCAUGAUAACUGCUUGGCAGUGAAGUCAAACAUCUCUCCAUUGAUCCCAGAUUCUCCUUUGUGCUCAUCCUCCUCUACUCAAAACUCCCAGCUGCCCCUCACUCCCUGUUCAUCUUUCAAAGGAUCUCCCACCCCCUCUUUGCCCACUGAGGGUCUGCCACUGUCCUGCUCAGCAAGCAAGCCCACUCUACAGGCUAUCAACAAAAACCAGCAGCCCUCCCUCUCACCAGACUUCCCUCAGUCUUCUGUCUCUUCUCAAACGCUACAAUCACCCACUCUCCAGCUCUCUGAUUGCAGUUCUUCUUCUUCUCUAAGUGUCCUCAUCCACACUUCGCGUAGCACACACAUGGCCUCUCCAAAGCUGGGGCUGUCAGCCACCACCACCACCUCUUCCUCUUCCUCCUCAUCAUCUGCCUCCUUGUGCCCUCCGCCUCACCCUGGAAGCCCCAGCCGUGUUCCAGAGGGACCCCCUAGUCCCGUUACUCCAACGCCCAGCCCUGGAGUCACCUCUGCCUCAGGUACUCCAUCGAGGGCCCAGCUGAGCAUCGCCCUGAUCCUUGAGGAGCUGCGGGUGCUUCAGCAAAGGCAGAUCCACCAGAUGCAGAUAACAGAGGAGAUCUGUAGACAAGUACUCAGACUGGGCGGAGCCUCCUAUACCUUAGAUACACCCUCCCAGCACCUCCUCUCACCGCUGCCUCAGCUCUGUCUGGAAGGAAGCAAAAGAGCAGCCAGUCCGACAAACCAGCCACCUGCACCUCAGCCGUCGACCUCCAUGGCUCCUCUCCUGGCAUGUUUCUCCUCGCUGCUCCCCUCUCAGGCAGCCAACAAACCUUCAAAGCCGAGCAGUUCGUUGUCCCAAAUCCUUCAGCCUCACAAGCCUCAGAUGGAAGGGUCAGGAGGGUCUGCAGGUUAUCUGAGGGUUAGCUCUCAAUCGUCAGCUCCUUCCACCCCUUCCUCUACUCCAAUCUCUAUGACUUCCUCCAGCUACCCACUAGCCUUGUCAUUAGCUCUGCCCAACCGCUAUCUUCAUGAGAAAUCUCCAAAUACUGCUUCCGUGAGUGGGCACAGUGGCCUGUCCUUCCUCAACUCCUCCAUUCCCACAUCAGUAUCCAAUGCUUCAAACUCCCAACAGUCUGUCUCUGGAGGAGCAGACACUUCCUCUACAUCCAGCUCCACCUCUACUGGUCGUCUGCAGCAUGCCUGUCGAUUUUGUGGAAAAAUGUUCAGCAGCGACUCUUCCCUGCAAAUACAUCUACGCUCUCACACAGGGGAACGACCCUACCAGUGUCCGGUGUGCUUUAGCCGUUUCACCACGAGAGGCAACCUCAAAGUGCACUUCCUACGCCACCGUGAGCAAAACCCAGAGCUCUCACUUUCACUCCUGCCACCAUCUUUGUUUGGGGUAGCAUUAGGGGCCAGUGGGGGAUCAGAUAUGGGACAGACUAUAAGCAGUGGUAGCAGUGGCAACAGUAUUGUUCAGAAAAAGCGAAAGAAUAGGUCUGAGGAUGAAGCAUGUGGAGAUAACUUGGAGGUUGGUGGUACCAACACUGGCUUUUCUGUGGGGGGCUCUGAAAGAUCCACCCCUUCUUCCCUACCACUUCCCCCCAGUGUGGAUUUGGCUCUGAUAUCCCACUCUCUGCUGCAGCUAAACAGAGCAGCAGCCGUAGCAGCCGCAGCCUCUAUAGCUUCAUCCAAUUCAUCUUCCUCUUCAGCUUCCUCCUCUUCAGCUCUAGCUACCUCCCUCCUCUCCAGCCCAUCACUGUCUUCAUCUUCCACCAUCACAGGCCUAUUCAAGGGAUCCAAACAACAACAUUUUGAUGAGAACACUCCUCCUCAUGUCCCCAUUCUUUCUCCUGCUGCCUAUUCCCAACUAGCCCAGCUGCCUAAGCUCCUUUUCCCAUCUGUCUCCUCUUCUUCUUCCACCCCUGCUGUACAUUCAUCCCUCUACAACCAUGCAGCCCUGGGUCUAUUGCGUACUCCACUACCCUCAACUCCAAGCUCCCACCACCUUGCUUCUUCCAGCCAUUCUCAACUUUCUUUCCCAUUUUCAUCCUUUCCUAAAGGUCCAACCACCACCACACAAUGCUCCCUUCCUUCCUCGGUAGCCACCUCCACUCCUACAUCUGAAACAUCAAAGUUGCAGAGGCUGGUGGAGAAGCUGGAGAAGGUGCCUUCUUGCUCCUCUUCUCCGUGGGCUUUUUCAUCUGCUUCCACCUCUUCUACCUCUCUAGCAGCUUCAGUCAACAGUUGCUUCACAAAUGCCAGCACUUCUACCACAUAUGUAAUGGCAUCCCCACCAUCCUCAACUUUGGUCACUUCUUCAGUUUCCAGUUUUACCCGUGAGAUGGUUGCUGCCCUCGGACUGAAUGCAAAUGCGGGGGGGAUGCUACCAUCACUGAAUAUGACAGGUCCAGCUGGUAACCUAGCCACCAAUCAGUGUGGAGUGUGUCUACGAGUAUUAAGUUGUCCAAGAGCACUGCGUCUGCACCAGGCUACACAUCUUGGAGAGCGACCUUUUCCAUGUAAGAUGUGUGGACGGUCCUUCUCCACUAAAGGCAGCCUGCGGUCACAUCUGGCCACUCAUCAUGCUCGACCACCAAAUGCACGAGUUCAGAACUCUUGCCCACUGUGCCAGCGUAAAUUCACUAAUGCACUUGUUCUUCAGCACCACAUCCGUAUGCAUCUUGGUGGGCAACUACCCCCAGAUGGUGCAGAGGAUUCUUCAAGUGAGAUGCCAUCUGAAUACAAUGACAAAAGUCUCUCACAAUUACAAUCCCAGCCCACUGACCCUAGCACAUGCCCAAGCAAAACACCUCCUCUUGCUGAAGCAGGACACUCCAAGAGUCCGGCUUCUAACCCACAAACUCCAGCAGCUGCCUCAGUCCCUGUCUCUGGAAAUCUGAAAUCCACUGAGUACACCAAAAAUCAAUGUAAGUCUGGAUCCUCUAGCCCAGACCUUAUUCCCCCCUCUGAUCUCAGCCCUGACCCUUUCCUGAAUCCCAUCACGGAAACUUCGCCUUCAGGCAGUACUGACCCCCCUGUCCUUUGUUGUAGCACCUCCUUGUCCACCUCCCAGCAGACAGAUCAAGUCGCUGCAGUAAAUGAAGACAACCAAGCUGAGCAACAGACCACUGUCGAUAUCCAUCUCCCUAUGUCUUCUUCACCUACUAUUCCCAAAACCACAAUGUCACCUGUUGCUGUGGUAAUUGACUCUGAGAAGGAUGGGGCUUCUGCCUCCUCUGAUGCCUUACCUGGCUCCAGAUCAAUCCUGGAGGAAUUACAAAGCACACCUGCCCCUGGUGUCCCCUUUGCUUACACCUGUCCCAGUACAUCCUCUGAACCCAUCCAGAGUCAAGAUGUUUCUGAUGUGAAUGUAACUCCAACCCUGGAAUCAGACUCAAAGCCCCGAUCACCUGAAACCGCAAAAGAAGACAAAGAUCAUUCUCCUCCACCAGCAACACCAAAGUCAGACCAAGUGAAUGUGUCAGAUGAAGAUCCUAAAACGACAUCCACUUUGGAAACUGCAGACACUGUUGGUGCUGAAAUAAGGGGUUCACAGAGAGCUGCCACUUUUGCACGAGAGACUCGUCAGAGCUUUAAUUUUGGCUCUUAUGGGAGGGAAGACAGAGGGGAAAUAAGUGGAUUGUCUUCAAGUGAAGCACUGGAUUCUUCAGUAUCUAUCAGCCUCACCCCAACUCUCCCUUCUCCAAUGUCUCGUCCUGAGAAGAAGACUUACUGCUGUGCUGAGUGUGGGAAAGAGUACGCCAGCCGCAGUGGGCUGAAGGGUCACAUGAAGCACCAUGGUGUAGUAAUGAAAACAUCACGUCCAGCAGCUCGUAGCAGUCGCUCCAACACCGACCAGCUUACUUCCUCUACAUCUAUGACUUCCCUGAACAUUCCUGCCACGAGGAGCACAGCAGGCUUUUGGAACCAGUACCAAACCUUCCUCAACACUGUUACCGAGCCAAGUGAUGACCCAACAGCUGGCAGCCAAGGAGAAACUGAGUCAGGGAAGACGUCAAAAUCACCUGCUCGGUCUAGGAUGGAGUCCAGAGUUUCGGAGGAAGCUCAGAAAGAAUCUGGCGAAGGGCCGUAAAAAGUGAUGGGAUGAUGCUCUAGUGUUUUCAAUCAUUGUUUACUGUUUGGUGAAACUGUAUGGACUUUUGUGUAGUUCUGCCUCCUCAAACAUUUCAAGUAGCCUGUCAGUUUGACAGACAGUUGUUGUAAAAGUUGUGAGUCAACCAGCUUUGUCUUGUUGUGCUUAAAAAGAGACAGCUGUUGUACAAAUAAAGAUGAAAAUAUUAAAGGAAUGUCAAUGUAAAACCAGUAAAUGCUGGUUAUGUUAAAAAGUGGCUUCACUUUUGUUUAGCUAAAGGUGCACAUUCUAACAAGUGUUUGGACAUAAA